ACACACACACACACACACACACACACACACACACACACACACACAGGCAUUCCUUCACCCAGCAACAAUGAGCUCUUUGUGCUCCACGCUGCCUCUGUUUUCAUUUCAUUUUUUAUUGCUUUUGAACUGGUCUCGUGGAGAAUUUAAUCAUCUCUGCUGGUUCCACCGAGCUUUUCUAAAGCAGCUCUUUUUGUUUGGCUGCUGGUUGUCAGGGAGGCCCACAGCUGCGGUCUGUGUGUUUCUUCACAAUAAAAGCCUCCUGACUUCAGCUUUUGUUCUGGAGGCCGGGCGGAGCCGAGGAGGCGGGGCCAAAGCUGACGUCAUGUACUCAUAUCUUUCCACCUGAUGGUUUGUUGGCAUUCAUCCCGACCCGUAACAGGAUCCCAUCAGAACUGGAACAAAGAGAGUGAAACUCACCCACAGACUGGGCACCCUGCUGGAACCAGAACCUGAUCCGGGUUUGGCCAGCCCUCCAGGUGGAGCCAAGAAGAAUUCAGCAGAAGUUCAGACAAAAAGAAGGAGAUCAAGUGAAACGAAACCAGAAAGUUUCUGCAGGAACGUUCCUCAGACGUCAUCAGGUUUCUGUUUUUAAACCUUCAGGAGCUUCUAGAAUCAGUUAAUCUGCGACAGAGGCAAACUCUUAUUUUGAAGAGCAACUGCUUCCUGUUUCCUCUUUGAUCUUUUUGCAGUUGCGAGGUGAUUUUAUAGAAAAAUAUACAAACUCAAAGCAUGCUGGGUAAUUUCAACCAGUGAUGGAAAUCACUUCCUAUAUUUAAUACAUCACUUCCUGUAUCUAAUACAUCACUUCCGAUUUUUAAUACAUUACUUUCUGUAUUCCAUUUUUUUCUGCUUGGACUUCAGAGGAGCAGGACGUGCUUUCGCUCUCUCCUAGCCCCCCGCUUCACUGCUUUUUUUUCACGUACCAUCCGAAUUAUGGAUUUAGUCAACUGGUCUCUGAAUGCGACACUAUUUUUUCCACACUUGGAACGAGGGGAACGUGGCUGUCUGGGUGGAACGGUUGCUGCUGGACUUGUCUGAUUCCUGGGGCUGGAAUCUGAUAUGCCAGGACCACUUUCCAUCGAAGACGUGGAAGAUUUAUUUAUAUAUAUUUGGAUUUUUGACAACUGGAUUCCUGCUGAUCGACGGAGGAGGGUUCCAGAUUUAUGGAAAAGUGAAAGCGACCCUGACAGUGGUUCAGGCCUUUGAGGAGCUGUCGGGCGCACUUGAAGGAUUCUGCUGGGCUGGAAGCACACAGACUCUCAGGUGGGGAAAUAAUUCGCCAACUGGAUGUAAUUCUGACGAGGAUCACAGUGCAGCUGCAGAUUUGAACAUCUUCAUCAUUAAAACAAGUCAGCCCCGCAGGUCCGGUCCAGAACAUCUCAGUCAGUCUUGUGUGGCCUCUUGGGUUCUGGUCCAAACCCACAUUUUUCUGGGGGUUAAUUUUUGCCUCAAAGCUGCCCUCGAUGCCAGCAUGUGUCCAAACAAAGAGUUCAUCAUGAGGAGAAGGAAGCAGCUCUCUGAUUGGCUGACAGCGAGACGUCUGUCCAGGAGUCAAACACCCGUCCCCCCUUUGGUCCUCUGGACUGUCCGGUGUCAGGUUCUGACCCAGACCUGAGCAGAACCCAGUCUGACGGCCUGCGUUCUGGCUCCAGUCUGGACCGGUGGAGACCAGAUGUUAAAGGGUCCUGGUGAGGAUGUCUGCCUCAUUAAACCAGGAAGUAGUCUGUGACCGUCAGAGCCUCAAAGCCAAGUACACUUCGCUGCAGCAUGCAGCUCGGGGGCGGUGACAGACC